AUGGGGACUACUAGUAGUCGGAUGCUGUUUGCUCAGAUAUUAAAAAGGAUGCUUCGGUCCCGUGGAGCUAAGGUAGGGCAACAGCAGUUAUGUCAUUUUUUAGAAUUUGUGGAGAAAGUCUGCCCAUGGUUUCCCAAGGAGGGAUCAAUUAAUUUGGAACUUUGGCUAAAAGUCGGAAAACAAUUACAAGAUUAUUAUGAUCAGGAAGGGCCUUCCAAAUUCCCUGUUGAUGUGUUUAGCCUUUGGGGUCUUAUCAAGGAGAGCUUAGAUCCUCGUCAAGGGACUUUAGUGGGUAACUCACAAGCAGACGCGGUUGCCUCUAGUCCGGAGGGCAUUCCAAAUAUAGAUAAAGAAAUUGAGUGCCCUUCUUCAGCCCCCCCUCUUGUGGAAGGUUUAGAUGAACCCCUCUACUCCUCUGGUGCCCCAGAUUUAGAGGAGGAGGCAACUAAAUAUAACUAUGAGGAAUGGCCUCCCUUCCCUCUAAUAGCUCUUACUGAAAAAAUGAAAAUAAAAGAUAAAAAAGAUAAAUCUGAAAAUACCCAUCCCUCAAAUCCCUUAGAUGUGUUAUGGUUUAAUUGGAAAUGGAAACAAAAGGAACAAGCACUGUUGAAAAAACGGUCACUUCAGCCCAGCGUCCUGGCAGGGCUUGACCCUUUCCCUGAGGUUGCCCACCCCGAUCCUCAGCUAGAUUCCCCUCCUGUCCCACAACUCUCAUCACCAGCGCCCCACCCUCUCUCGGCUUUACAGGCUACCUUACAGGCAGCCGCUGAGAGAGGGGAAGAUUUGGCUGGUUUUCAAAUGGUCUGUCCUGUUUUUGAGGAGCCAGAUCAACAAGGACAAAUGGUCUGUGUUCAUAGACCUCUUCCUUUUAAACAACUUAAGAAAUUAAAGGUUGCUUGUGCUCAGUACGGCCCUAUGGCCCCCUUUACCCCGGCUAUGCUUGAGUCUUUAAGCUCGGAUGCUCUUCCUCCUGGGGAUUGGAAACAAAUAGCUAAAGCCUGCCUCUCAGGUGGAGAUUAUUUAUUAUGGAAGACAGAGUUCACGGAACAGUGCCAAAAAAUGGCUGAACUCAACCGUGCCACUGGAAACAACAUUACUUAUGAUAUGUUAGCGGGGGAAGGAGAGUAUGCUGACAUAGCGAAUCAAUUGUUGUCUCCUGGGGGUGCAUAUACCCAAAUUAAUACAGCAGUAAAACGAGCUUGGCAAAAGCUGCCCAUGGCAGGACAAGCUUCUGAGGACCUCUCUAAGAUCAGGCAAGGUCCCGACAAGCCUUUUCAAGAAUUUGUUGCCCGUCUUUUGCAGACUGCUUCACGUCUGUUAGGAGAUGCUGAUGCCAGACUGCUGCUGGUCAAACAGCUUGCCUAUGAAAAUGCUAACUCUCUCUGCCAGGCUGCUAUUCGUUCUUUCAGAAAAAAAGGGGACCUAGGUGAUUAUAUAAGGUUAUGCACGGACAUUGGACCUGCCUAUACUCAAGGGCUGGCCAUGGCUGCGGCUUUACAAGGAAAAACUAUAAAAGAGGUUCUUUUUCAACAAGGAGCCAGGUUUAUGCCCAAAAUGUAA